UAUCUUGCCACACAAGCCAACGUUUGGCUAAAACCUGUACAGUGUUGCAAUAAAGCAAAGCCUCUGGUGUUGUUUCUCCAGGACUGUUUCACCUUAGAGGGGUCAACCCCAAAAGUCUCAUCUGCUUAACACGUGCUAAGAGAACAUGACAGGUGAUCUUCACAAUUCAUCGUAUGACUACAACAAUGACACGUGGCAGUACAUUUACGACUGCAUUAAUUUCUACGAGAGGGAUAACAACCGCCGGAUCAUUCUAUUCCUCCUCUAUCUGGUGCUGAUUGUGAUGGGGUUGGGCACGAACAGCCUGGUGGUGUGGGUAAACUGGCGUCGAAGGCACUCGGCCAACGGCGUGCUGUUUUGUAUCAUCAACAUGAGCCUGUCUGAUCUGAUGGUGGUCUUCACCAUGCCCUUCUACAUGCUGGAGAUGACCUUAGAAAAGGUUUGGCUGUGGGGUCAUUUCCUUUGCAAGGUCACGCAUCUUGUGUACGUCAUCAACAUCUACAACAGCUCCUUAUUCCUGGCCUUCAUGACCCUGGAGCGAUACCUGUCCUUGACCCGGCCCAACGCGCCCGCUUGCUUCCCACCACACCACAAACGCCGUUGGCGGCUCUGUGCCAGUAUCUGGCUCCUGUCCCUUGUGCUGGCCUUGUUGGAAAACGUUCACAUGGAUCUGCUAGAUUGGGACAAACCGGGCUGCUUCAUGUUUCCCGAGAACAACCACACGGCAUGGUAUGUGGCUGUUUCUUUCCUUGGCUUGAUUUUCCAGUUUCUGGGCCCGGGGUCCGUCAUCAUCACCUGCAAUAUACUGAUUUCCCGAGCUGUCCGCACAGCCCCGGACGUCCACAACAGACGGGAUGUUUGGUUGGUGCACGUGUACUCGUUGGUGUUCGUGACUUGCUGGUUGCCGUACCACUUUGUGAUGAUCAUGUUGACGGUGGAAAAUCUGAAUCCUUACCAGUUCUCCUGCAACUUGGUCGGGAUGUUGAUCUUCUCAUAUAGCGUGGUGCAAUGCUUGUCGCUCUUUCAUUGCAUUGCCAACCCGAUCCUCUACAACUUUCUCAGCAAGAGCUUCCGCAAUAACCUAAUAAACGCCAUGAUCAGUCGUAUCUCUUCAGCGUCUGUGAGUGCACCGGCUAACACAGUGGCCGACAACAAAGGCAUGACUGCUGUUAAAGAACGAAAGCUCAGUAAUGCCAGCACAAGCCACUCGGACAUUGGAGCUUAAAGUCCCACUGCGGGGGAAAUUUGGUUUUUAUUGUUGCUUAUAUGUCUUUGCGGUGUUUUUAAUAUGUUUUAAGACAAGCCAUGAUCAAAUUCAUCAUUCAACACCAUUGCUGAAUAUAUUCUUCAUAAAAAUUGGGGACAGUCUCAUUCCCACGGUUUAAAAUCAGCUUGGUUUCCAAUGUCACAAACAUUUAACCAAUCAAAUCAACAAAGUUGAAAGUGUGGAUGCCGCAUAGACUCCUAAAUAGUAUUUUUUUCUUAUAACGCAUUGUGUUUCAUGUGUAACAGUAUUGAUUAAUCUCAGGUUAUUUAGUGCUAACAUAUCCUAAAAUUGGCCUUUUCAGAGUUUUUCAAAAUAAAAUUAAAUCGUGUUGAAAUGUGAGAAGAUCCUGUUGGGACGAAAGUAAACUUGUUACUUUUGUCCCGCUGCUAAUACUACUGCAUUAUGUUGAAAAUGUAUAUUAUUCUGAUUUGAUUUCAUUUAAUUUUCAUAGUGUUCAAACUUUUGAAUUUUUUUUAUUUUCAACACUUAAAGUUUGUACUGGCGGAUGCAUUUGAAGAAACUGAAAUUUUAAAUGAAAAUGUAAUUUUAUUAUUUUUUACAAAGAUAAAUA